CUGUCCAAUGUAUAAGAGAUGGUCAGUUUGUGGUAGUGGUGGCUAGAGAUGUUACACUGCCUCGACUGAGUCUGGAUUCAGUCCAUCUACUGGGUGGAAAUGACUCACCUUGCAGUCCUGUGGGGUCCACACCUUCCUUUGCUGUAUACUAGUUCCCUGUGACUGCAUGUGGUACAAGAAUGAUGGAGGACAGCGGUUAUGUGGUGUAUGAGAACAGAAUGACCACCUCAUAUGAAGUGGGGAUGGGGCCGUUUGGUUCCAUCACAAGGGACAGACAUUUUGAGCUUCUCUUCCAGUGUAGGUACUCUGGCACUUCUGUGGAAGCUCUGGUUGUGGAGGUCAACACUGUUCCUCCACCUCCACCAGUAGCUGCCCCUGGACCCCUCAGGGUGAAGCUUAGACUAGCCAAUGGCCAGUGUGUUACCAAAGGGUGUGCAGAAGUUAUGUUCCUAGUAUCUUAAGACUCCAGG